CUCCGCCGGGUGUCAGCUCCGGGGCUCCGUUGCCGGUGCCGCAACAUAUGAUGCAUUAUCAGAUGCAACAGCCGAUGAGACCCUACGCGCCAAUGCCGAAUGGCUACUCAGCUCCGCCGCAGGGCACCAUUCCUCCGCCUGUGUCUUGAUUGAAUACGGUGAGAAAGGUUGGAAGGCUUGCUCAUAAUGCUUUGAGAACUCCCCCCUACAACUCGUUUUUUGUGUUUUAAGGAUACUUUCCCUGUCAUGGGUCUAUGAAUUUCCAGAAGCAGACAAUGUUUUGCAACUGAGUGCUCAUUGGCAUUGUUUUAUAAGGUAUCACAAUCCUUCCAAUUGCAGUCUCUCUAUCCAUAGAUGUAUGCACACAUAAAUAUAUGUUAUAUAUCCAUCCAGCACCCUUCCUCUUAUCUUAUUAUCUAUCAGUCAAUCUAUCUAUCUUUGUAUCUAGAAAUCUAUACAUGUGUUUGAUUGUUUUCUUUUCUAUAUGUUGUGCAUUUUUGUUGUGUUUGUGUAUUUUAAAUUUUUUGUUGUUCUCAUGCUGCAUCAACUGCUGAUAAGUUUUUGAGAGACAUUAGACUUUCAAUGUAUUUAAUAUACAUGAUCGUCAUUCGUACACUUGAGAUGUUGGAUGUUCAUUUUACUUGAAUCUCAAAAUAUGCACUUUGUCGAUGGGACUUUCUGAAGACUACCAUCGUGCAAGUGGAUGCACAAGGUAAGCACAAUUUACUCAUACAUGGUUUAUGAACACGAUGCUAUUUUUUCUUAAUCUCUCCUUCAGGGCUGGUGAUAGCUGAAAUGCCUGUGCUGCCAUCUCUAAUGUUCUUUUAUGUGUGGUAACAAACAUCAAUUAUUAUUAUCAUAUAUUUUUUUUUUUGUACAUAUGUUUAGUUUGGGGUAUGGUUAUCUGGUAGUUUCUGUUAUGUCAAACAUGCUCUGAUGCAUUUGCAAGGUAUUUGUUUUUGUUUAUGUAGGACUUAUUCGUUAUCCCUCUCCAUAUCCUACAAUGCUUCGACCUGGUUUUCCCUCACGGCCACUGGGAGGAAUUGGUUUGCUUCCAUCUGUACAGCGCGCUCCUAUGCUGGGUAUUCCUGGGGUUCGCCCCGUUAUGCCUCCUGUUGUUAGGCCAGCUGUUCCUAGUGUUACUCCAGCUGAGAAACCACAAACAACCGUCUAUGUUGGCAAGAUAGCCCCAACAGUAAACAAUGAUUUUAUGUUAUAUCUCCUUCAGUUAUGUGGACCUGUCAAGAGUUGGAAGCGUGCUCAAGAUCCCACAGAUGGGACUCCUAGAGGCUUUGGAUUUUGUGAUUUUGAAUCAGCUGAAGGGGUUCUUCGUGCAUUACGCCUUCUGAGUAAAUUCAACAUCGAUGGGCAGGAGCUGGUGUUAAAUGUAAAUCAAGCAACAAGAGAGUAUCUAGAGCGGUUUGUUGAAAAGAAAACUGAAAAUUCAAAGAAGCUGAAAGACACUCAAGCUGAGGGAGAUGAGAAAGAGGGUGAGAGUAACGUUGAUAAGACUGCAGUUCCAAAUUCUGUUGUGGAUUCAAAGGCGGAGGAUAGUAAUACAGGGAACAAAGAAAGCAACACUACGAACUUUGGGAUUGUGACCGAUGAAGACAAGGAAGCUGACAGGGUGGCCAUGGAGAAGCUUACAAGCUUGAUAGAGGAGAGAUUAAAAACAAAUCCUCUGCCUCCACCGCCUCCACUUGCUCCUGGUGAUCGUACUGGGAAUUCAAUCUCAGAGCUUCCAGCUAAGUCAAGGGAUGGAGACCUUGAUGUGGAUAUAACAAGAAAUGAUGCUUCUGAAGAAAAAAAUGAUGAAGAGACAACUAGUGACAACAAAGCUGAAAGUGAGCAGGAUAGGCCUGAAACAAGCUCACCUGAGAGGAGUAGAAAGCCUGAUAAAAGUAGAGAAAGAGACAGAGAGCGAGAUGUGAAACAGGAAAAGGAGCGUGAGAUUGAAAGAUAUGAAAGAGAAACAGAGCGAGAACGGAUAAGGAAGGAGAGAGAGCAGAGGAGGAGAAUUGAGGACGCAGAACGCAAGUUUGAAGAAUGUCUCAAAGAUUGGGAGUAUAGGGAAAGGGAGAAACAGAAACAGCGGCAAUAUGAAAAGGAGAGGGAGAAAGAACGGGAACGCAAACGGAAGAAAGAUAUAAUUAAUGAAGAAGAUGAUGAGGAAGAAGAUUCUAGAAAAAGGUGGCGCAGGAAUGCGUGGGAGGAGAAGAGGAAGAGGAGACAGAGGGAGAAGGAAGAUGACUUGGCUGACAGAUUAAGAGAAGAGGAAGAAAUUGCUGAGGCCAACAGGAGGGCUGAUCAGGAAAAGCAGCUACAGCAACUGAGAGAUGCACUGAAGGCUUCAUCUGACCAUUUAGUGGAUGGAAGAGAAACGGCAGAUUUGGCUGAAGAAUCCUGUGUGGAAUCGAAAGAUAUGGCCAUUAAACAGGACAAUGAGACUGGUUCUGGUCCUGAGAACCAUAUAGGUGAUGGGACUCUACAAAAUGGUAACACUGGGGAUGAAUCAGCCAAUACAUCAGAACCCCAGCAGAGUGGGAGUGCCCCAGCCAAAAAGUUGGGUUUUGGUUUAGUUGGCUCUGGGAAACGUACUUCUGUUCCUUCUGUUUUCAACGAGGAAGAUGAUGAUGCACACAAGGACAAAAAGAUGAGGCCCCUGGUCCCUAUUGACUAUUCAACUGAAGAACUACAGGCUGUCGAACCGGUUGCUUCUGGGCAAGCGCCACCAAAUUUGGCUGCAGCUGCAGAAUUUGCAAAGCGAAUAUCAAAUGUUGGUUCUAAAGAAGAGAAGCACGAUGCAGAGAAGGAGAGAAAUAGACGUGCCAAUGAUAGGUCGAGUCAACGGGACAGGGAUAGGAAUGAUGAUGACACUAACCGCACUAGAGAUGAGAACAAGGAGAAGACUGUUGACCGUGAUACAGACCGGGAACAUGGGCGGGAUAAACCAAGGACAACAGAUAAUAAGAAGCUUUUGGACGCAAAACAACUGAUUGAUAUGAUUCCAAGGACCAAAGAGGAGUUAUUCUCAUAUGAAAUAAAUUGGGCUAUUUAUGAAAAGCAUGCACUUCAUGAGAGAAUGAAACCAUGGAUUUCAAAGAAGAUUACAGAGUUUCUUGGAGAGGAAGAAACCACACUGGUAGAUUAUAUUGUAUCUAGUACUCAAGAACAUGUGGGAGCAGAACGCAUGCUACAGCUGCUUCAAUCCAUUUUAGACGAGGAAGCUGAAAUGUUUGUUCUCAAGAUGUGGAGGAUGCUCAUCUUUGAAAUUAAGAAGGUAGAGACAGGCUUACCUUCAAAAACAAGAUCAUGAUGGUCGUCUCAUGUAGUCAGUAUAAUUAUUCCAUUGACCCCUCCUCUCUCUCUUUCUCAAGGUUAAACCACAUUUUUCAAGUCUUUAUUGCUUCAAAAUGCAUUUAGUCCAUGAACAAAUAAACCCGAUUUUGUCUUGUAGCUCACUUGGGUUGUUUGUAGAUUCGAAUCAAUUAGAUGUCCUCUUGGUGAAUUAGAUAUCCUGAACUGCAUUAUAUAUUUGUGAAACAAAAAGAAAAAGAAGCAAUGUUUGAUCUUCA